AAGGAUCUGUACAAGGAAGUCAUGAUGGAGGACCACCAGACCCUCACAUCACCAGGACGAUCCAGUAAGAGAAGAACACCAGAGAGAUGUCCCAGUCCUCAUCCUCCACAGGAUCAUCAGCUUUUGAAUGUGGAUAAAGAUCUGAAUAAUAUUAAUUCUACAUAUACAUAUGUGAGCGGUGAUGCCCAGUGUAAGGAAGAAAUUUCUACAGAGACAUAUUUGAGGGGUGAUGACCAGUGUAUGGAAGAAAUUUCUACAGAGACAUAUUUGAGGGGUGAUGCCCAGUGUAAGGAAGAAAUUUCUACAGAGACAUAUGUGAGGGGUGAUGCCCAGUGUAAGGAAGAAAUUUCUACAGAGACAUAUGUGAGGGGUGAUGCUCAGUGUAAGGAAGAAAUUUCUACAGAGACAUAUGUGAGGGGUGAUGCCCAGUGUAUGGAAGAAAUUCUUACAGAAACAUAUGUGAGCGGUGAUGCCCAGUGUAAGGAAGAAAUUUCUACAGAGACAUAUGUGAGGGGUGAUGCCCAGUGUAAGGAAGAAAGUUCUACAGAGACAUAUGUGAGGGGUGAUGACCAGUGUAAGCAAGACAUUCCUACAGAUAACCACCGAGAUUACUGUAUCGGAAGCUUAGAGGGACAUCUGAUCUCUUCAGCUUUUAAAGCAAAUGGACAUGGUCUUGCACAAAACACAUAUGAAGAGCAUGCCACUAUCUUGGAUAUAUCAAAAGCUCUUCACAGCCAAAAUUGCUUGUUUGAUCCAUGUAAACAUCUUCCAUCUUCUGGUUCAUCACAAACUGUAAAGCAGAAUCAAAGUCACAGAAGGGGUAUUAAAGAUCAAAGAAUGAACACAAGGAAGAAGACAAUUUCAUGCUUAGAAUUGCCCACUGCUUCUGUUCCUAUGUUUGUCCUGCCUUCAUGA